AUGGCGGCGCACCAACCUCCACCAGUCGCUCUACGGCGAGCACUAUUUGUUUCUGUGGCUCACUCGACACUCCUCCAAAGCACGCUCUCCCAAUCACCAUCCGCCGUCGCCGUCGCCGUCGCCGUCCGCCGUCAGCAGCCGGAAAGCAGAGCGCCUCCGACGGGCCAUGGCGACCGUCAGAGUCAUCCCGGCAGCCGCCGCCACCACCAGCUGCCUGCUCUCCAGGACGCCGCGCUCGCUCAAGCGGGGGGCCCUGGGCGGCGGCGGCGCCGGGCUGCGUCUCUUCAGGCGGCCCGCCGCCGCCGCGCCCCGCUGCCGUCGUCGUCCAGGAGGUCGUUCGCUUGCAGGGCCAUCUACAGGCCUCAGGUCAAGGUCAAGGAGGAGGGCAAGCCCGAGACGCUCGAUUACCGUGUCUUCCUCGUCGAGGAUUCCGGCAAGAAGAUAUCCCCAUGGCAUGAUAUACCGUUGCAACUGGGCGAUGGGGUUUUCAACUUUGUAGUUGAAAUACCCAAGGAGUCCAGUGCAAAGAUGGAAGUUGCCACGGAUGAGCCAUUCACUCCCAUCAAGCAGGACACUAAGAAGGGAAAUCUUCGAUAUUAUCCCUACAAUAUCCACUGGAAUUAUGGAUUGCUUCCACAAACAUGGGAAGACCCAUCUUUUGCUAACUCUGAAGUUGAAGGGGCAUUUGGUGAUAAUGAUCCAGUUGAUGUUGUUGAGAUUGGUGAAAGUCGGAGACAGAUUGGUGAGAUUUUGAAGGUCAAGCCCUUGGCUGCAUUAGCUAUGAUUGAUGAGGGGGAACUUGACUGGAAAAUAAUAGCAGUUUCCCUGGAUGAUCCUAAGGCCUCCCUCGUAAAUGAUAUAGAUGAUGUUGAGAAGCAUUUCCCGGGUACUCUAACUGCAAUCAGGGACUGGUUUCGUGACUACAAAAUUCCUGAUGGCAAGCCAGCCAAUAAGUUUGGUCUUGGAAACAAGCCAGCUGAUAAGGCUUAUGCUCUGAAGGUUAUCAGUGAGACAAAUGAAUCUUGGACCAAACUUGUGAAGAGAUCAAUUCCGCCGGGUGAACUGUCUCUUGUGUAAUGUUGAUCAUUGAUUUCCCGCAUGCACACUUAAGACAUAUCAAUUUUUCCCCCAUUAUAGAGCUGGAAAUGACCUCUAGAGAUGCGAUUUGCCAGUAGUUUGUACUCUAAGAUGACAUUUACCUCUGUGUAUCUUAGGCAUCAUUAUUAUUUCCGCUCAUUUGUGUGAGAUUAUUUAUCAUAUGAAAAUAAAACUUUCGUUUAGUAUAUA